AUGCGUAUGGGUUCGCCGCCUGGGCCCGGCCCGGCGGCCGCCAAGCCAAAGUCCCUUUUCCCCUUGGCGGGCCCGGCCGUGCAGACCUCUAAGUCGUCCUUCCCGCAGGUAGGCUGUGCUGCCUUGGACUUUGGCAUUAUGCCCCCAGCUUCGCGGCUGGAUGACCCUUCGGCCCUCGCUGACUUCUUGUCCUCUAUCUCUGCCCCGGAUACCCUGGCGGCCGCCAUCAAAAAUGCUGGCUUUCACACGUUGGGUGCUUUGGCCUUCGCUCUUUCUGACCCCUCCGAUCCGGAUGAGGUUAUGAGGUUCAUCCGGGUCAUUCUGAAAAUCCCUGACGGCGAUUCCGCCGCCACCUUCCGCCCGGAUGUAUCCUGCCUUCGCCGCACCGUUCUGGAGGCUUGCUCUAUCGCGCCUCCCCGUGCCGCCUCGGCUGCUGCCCCGUCACAGUUGCAGCCUAUCGCUCCUUCUGUUUCGACUUCCAACAAACUUACGGCGGCUGACUUCCUUGCCCUUCGCAAGGACUACCUCACAAAGUAUCCGGGCGAAUUGCUGACACCUGCGAAUACUCCGUCC